CUCAGGAAACACAUAGAAAGCUGUAGGCUUCGGCUCCUGGGAUCUGCGCGCCCGACGCAGGAGAACCGUCCGAUACUGUUACAGGACCUAGUACCAGUCAUCCGUUGAUACAACGAAACAACAUUUACCAUUUGGUUUGGCGGAGGGGUCAACCAGUCUUGAGAUGCAGUGCUCGCCCCAAGCCCUUGAGGCGCUUAGAGGCGCCUUCAUCGUGCUGCCCGCCGUGACGUAUGCUAAUGUUGGCGAGCUGGCACUGGACGUGCUUGUGACCUCGCUGGCGCCCGUCACCCCCCUGGGCCCGCUGGAGUCCGCCAACUGCCUGCCUGUGGUGGGCAAUGACGCCUUUGAUGCCGUCGACGGCAACACGACCGGCGUGCUGACCACCGCCCUGGAGUUGUUCAGCAUCCCAGGCAGCCAGCCGCCGCUGGUGUUCCUGCAGCAGCGGGCGCCGGCGGCCCUGGGCCGGCAGGCGGCGUUUGCGGCGGAGCUGGUGACGUGGCUGCAUGCAGCCGGGGCGGCGGGUGUGGUAGUGCUGACGGGGCUUGAUGCGCAGCUGCGGCGAGACAGGCAGCUGGACAGCUCGCCGUUCAGGUUUCUGGCCAGCACGGAGCAGCUUCGCGCCGCCUGCGCCGCCGCCACCGCCCUCCACGCUGCCACCGCGCCGCCUCCGCCCGACCCGUACACCUACGCAGCCGGCGACCUGGGCGGCGGCCUGGGCGGCCCCGCCGCCGCGGCGGCUGCUCUGGCAUCCGCCCCCCUUGCCGAGCUGGAGCAGGAGCUGCGGGAUGAGGAGCUACAGCUACAUCACAGCUUGCCGCCCUGGCCUAUGGUUAGUGAGGCGACACGGCAGAGGCUGCCGUACGCGGUGCUGGGGUGCUUUGCGGCAGAGGGGGAUAAUGCGGCGGAGGGGCUGGCGCUGGCGGGGCACGCCGUGCGGCUGCUGGCGGCGCUGACCGCGGGCGGAGCUGAGGGCGAGGGGAAGGAGGAGGCGGCGGCUGUGUGUGCGGGCCGGCUGCACGCAGCAGCGAGGGAGGUGGGCGGCCUGCGGACGCCGCGGUCGUGGGUGGGGCUGUACGGGCGGAGCUUUCCGCAAGACAUCUUCUGAAUGUAUUGGCGGCUAUUGCUGGGGUGGAAUGGAAAGGGUGAUGAAAGCGUGGAAUCUGGCGCAGGUGCCUGGCGGCUGGCUUGGAGCCCUUGGUGCACGGGGAAUUUAUCCUAGUUUGCAUCCCCAGUGGGGCGGCCCUUAAGUUCGGGGACUCCGACGGGCUCACCCGACAGAGAUGUGUGAAGGUGUGGUGGAACCUAAUCAGGGUGCGCUGCGAGUGUUGACGGUUGGUGUGCGCAAAGCUAUCUGGCAUUUGCACCGGCCUCCGUCCGGGAGUACGUUUCCGUAGCCAAACGCGUGCACAACUGCACAUGCAGGCUUACGUGCAGCAGUGGACAACUCGUGCAGGUGACGCGGCACGGAGGAUCCUGGUACGUGCAGAUGACACGGCGGCCACGGAGAGGUCGAAAGGGUCCGUUGAUUUCAAAGAGGUUGAAAGGGUACAUGCAGGUUACGCUGCUGCCAUGCAAAUUACAACGGGCGUAGAUGGUCCGGAAGGGGUCAUCUACGCGGAGUAGGUGCCGCGAGCCUGAGGGCAUCUACAAGAUACGGGCACUCCGGCAGGAGCCAGGGUGGUGCCCGGAGCAGACACAGCGGGUCAGCGCCUCAGCGGCAUAGCCGGAGCGGCACAGCAGGAGCGGAACAGCCGGCGACGCCGAUGAUGGCAGGUGGAAGCGGAAAAUCCGCGUUCUAGCCCACACUUGGCCGAGCGAUGACACACGCGCUCGUUUGCUCCAGCUUUGACAGUUUGACCCCCCGAAACUGACCAAGGAUCCUGGAUUCCUGGUCCGGUGCACCACACCACCACCUAGCACCGUAUUGUCUUAUGCCGCCUCGUCACUGGGUCCAAUGUACCGACGGUCUGGCGCCCCUACUCUGUCACGGUGCCAUGAUUCAUACCGCAGCCUCGCGCGUGGCCUCCGGGUGUGGCAACGGCUUCACCGCCGGCGUCUUAAUCCGUGGCGUGGGCAACGGUUGGCGUGGGCGAUGACUUGGCCUCGGUGUCGGUUUUGGCGCGCGCAGUUGCGUACGCUUCACUCGGGCCCCGUGCAUGGUGAUCCCCUGCGCGUCAGCACAAGGCGCUGUUGAAGGUGCAUACAGGUGCUUCACGGGCUUUGCCCGUGGGGACGCUGCCUGAAGCUGGCACCUGGAUCGAGUCAUGCGCUGUACCGCCUGGCCGGGAUUCGCUGUGCCGGUCUGACCCUAAUGCGCCGCGCCGUUACUCUCUUUGCGGAAAGACGCCGACAGCGUGCUGGCAUCCACAUGGGCAAGGUAAGAUUGCUCCCUUGAGGCGGCGGCGCUAUCCACGCAUGCUUUUUUGCGGCGUCAACUGAAAUUGAGAAACAGCAUGCACACACGCUUUCAUAACUUGGGUUACCGUGUGGGCUUGCCUGGGAGGCAAGCUGGGAGGCAGCAGCGGGCGCACGCGUGCGGCCGUGCCACUGCACAGUGGUGGCUCAAGGGGAAGGCGAGUGGGUGGCACGGCCAGGGCGAGUAACGCCGGUUAACCCACUUCCGCCUAAUACAAUCCGCCUCCCGCCUGGAUCGCAGCCUUUAGAAAGGAGCAUGGGGCGCUUCAAGUUUCGUGCAUGACAAUGUACAACCAACAGGCGGGAAGGGUCGCACAGUGCUCCAAGGCCAGGUCAGGUGGACCCUGAGCCGCAGCGCCAUACAACCGUGAGAUGUGGCCGCUAAGGUGUGGCCGCCGCUGAGGCGCUGAGCAGGUGAGGUACGUGCCUCGGGGGCCACGAUUGCGGAGACGCGGGGACACUGCCAAGCCCCUUUGCUUGCGAGCAUACCUUGACUUGUAGUGGGUCUCCUUACGCGGGAAUUCGGGAGGAGCCUCAAGUGAGAGCAGCAUGCACAACACAAGGUUAGGGGUGCUGGUACACAGCUGCUGGCGAGCCCCCGGGUUGGCAGGUAUUACGGUGGGAGACUUGUAGCUUGAGGAGCCGAGCUGUAACUCGUGCACGUGGUUUGGCCGACCUCGUCCGCACCGCCGCGCCCUGCCCUUAGCUGCGCGUAUCUCGCUGUGCGCAUUCCUGAGGCUUGCAGUUACCGUAGUCUUCACGCAGAAUGCCCCGUUGGAGAGGCACGUGGCAGCUCUCGAGUUCGGGGACUCCGACGGAUUCACCCGACGGAGAGGGGUGAAGGUGUGGCGGAACCUAACCGGGGUGGGCUGCGAGUGUUUACCGGUGGUGUAGGACAUUGAAUUACCAAGGAGAAUGCCAAUAAUAUUGAGCUCGCGAGUCGAUUUGGACGCGGUGUCCGUCCGUCCGACUGAGUUUUGGCAGGUUUUUAAUUGUGAGCCAUAAUCAUGGCCUGGGUAAUAUUUGCAGUAAUAGGCACAAUCACUUAUGUGUCUGUACCAGGCUGAGCCCAGGAAGUGCAGUCUUGCAUGGGUUCGCACGGUUCGCAACUGUGGGUCCGCGUCGACGAUCGAACCUCGAAUCGUC